UUCACGGCUUUCUUGUUUGAUUUAACCUGUCUGCCUCUCUCAACAUAUGUUCAAAGCUGCCGGCUGCUGUCGAAAAAAGACUCCGAUUUCUUUUCGCCGGAACUUUCGAUCGAUCCUGCCCGGGGAAAUCUGUAUCUAAACCAUAUAAGCCACUUUCAAGAAUUCCACCAGCACAUCUAUGUGGGUAGUGGAGAAGAUCCGUGUUUCAAUGGAGAGCUCCGUCCCGCCCGUGUCGUCAACAGAACUCAGCUUCAAGAUCAGCGACAUCAUAUUUGGGGACAAAUCGGACAAAAACAAAAGAAUUUCCUUUUUCCCUAACGUCAUCACCCCUGACAACAUCCCGGAAUUCUGCAUCCCGCCUACCAUCCCGUCCCUGCAGGAGGUGAAAAAUCCGGAGCAGGGCCGAGCUGCCCGCGCCGGCAAAGCGAGCCACUGCGAGGUGGAGGCGGCGCACUACGAGGCCCCCAAACCGCACAUCAUCCAGGUGGAGAGCGUGGACGAGGGCCCCUUUGACGGCUGCAGUGACGAGGAGACGACAAACGCCGAUCCUCAAAGCCAAGCCGCUUUGUCCCUCCCCCACAUGGCCAAAGCGCAGACCUGCUACGGCUUCUGCACCUUACUGGAGAGCCCGCACACCAGGAGGAAGGAGUCUCUCUUCCACUCCGACCCGGGUUCCUCUCCCCUUCUGCUACCCAGGAGCCGAUCGGCCACCUGCUCCAAAGUCACCUCGAGCGCCUCACCCUCCCCUUCCUCCUUCAGCCUCAAUACUCUGACCUCCCGUCUCUCGCCGAGAGGACACCAUCUCAACUGGCAGGGGGCGGCCGACAGCGACACGACGUCUUCUACCGAGUCGUCCCCCUUCAGUUCGCCGCUUCUGACCAGAUGCCCCGCCAAGUCGUCUAUCUUCAAGACGCUGAGCCAUGAACUGCUGCUCUCCAGGAACAUCAGGAAGGCCAUGGUGUCCAGGAAUAACUCCCUGUCCACGGACGAAGGCAGCUCGACCGACAACAGUCCCAACGUGAUGAGGAGGGCAUCGGACGCUUUAGGCGAGGGCCUCCCCGGCUGCUACAGCCUGGCGCCCCCGAACAUCUUCCCCGUGGAUCUGACCCUGCAUAAAGAGCGGGCCAUGAAAGAAAAAAUGGUGCCCAUCGGGAAGGAGGGCAGCCUGAGACUCUCGGCCGAGUACUGCCCGGACAACCAAAGACUGAGGGUCCGGCUGAUCAGUGCCGAAGGCCUGUACCCUUUGUCCGUAGACUGCAAGAUCAUCAACUGCAGCGUCAGCAUCUCGCUAUCUCCGGGGAAAGUCCAGAAGCAGCGCAGCACAGUCAUCCGAAAGAGCCGCAAUCCCAUCUUCAAUGAAGAUUUCUUUUUCGACGGCAUCUCGGAGGAAGACCUCGCCGCUCGCUCCCUUCGCUUCAAAGUGGUCAACAAAAUGUCCACUCUGAAAAGAGACUAUAUGCUGGGUAGCUGUGAUCUCCCUCUUGGUAGCCUUGUCACUUUAAGCAAUUAGUUCUUCCACAUAUGUUAUGAAGGUAUUCAAUUAUUUAUUUUCUGUUUUCUUUGGUAAUGUGAGAUUUUUUUUUAUGACUAAAUAAAUUAUUGGAACAUCAA